GUUGUAAAUUAAUAAAAUUUAUUUAAUACUUGCAGUAAAUUUUCAGCUAUGGCUCUAGAUUGCCAAGAUUAUGGCUCCCUUGUCAAGGAAGUGAAAGCUUUUGCUCAAGUUUAGAAUGUAAAUAACCAUGAAUACUUAACAAUAUUGCAUGAAUUAUAUUCUUAUGAACUUUAAAAAAAGACGGACUAGAAAUACCAAUUUAUAAAAUUUCUGCUUGACAACUCAAACAAAAAAAUUAUUAUUUGAAUUUAGUUCAUCAACUAGAAAACGAUGGCUGAGUACCAAGUUGGCAAGUCGUCGCGCUACGUGGACUAUACCAGCGAAGAGGGCGGCGCCGGAGGACCAUAUUCUUCCUAUGAUUUCAGUACUCCUGAUCGUCCUCCAAGAAGAGUUAAAUCCUCUUCAAACCACGACAGACUUCGAGAAGAACAUCAAAGUAACGUUCGAGACGAAAGUUUGGAUCGCCGAAACCGAAAUAACUUUCGAAAUGAAAGUUUGGAUCGUCGAAACCGAAAUAACUUCCAAGACGAAAGUUUGGAACGCCGAAACCGAAGCAACGUUCGAAACGAAAGUGUGGAAAGCCGGAACCGAUCUCUAGAUCGGGGCUUAGAUUCACGCCUUGACAGAAGUGACGAUCUGUCAAGUAGAUAUGACAGGAGUUUGGACCGUCUUGACAGAAGGGACAUAGAACAGGGUCUUGAUGAUCGACAUGUAGACAGAAGCGUCGAAAGGUUUGAUCGGAGAGACAGAAAUGGAGAUCGAUUGGACAAAAGAGACAGACGUGACAAGAGCAUAGACAGACUCGAGCGAACUGACAGGAGUUUAGAUCGCUUGAAUGUGAGAGACAGGGAAUUGAAUCACAGUGCAGACAGGAGACAAAGAAGCUUGGACCGUUUAGAUGACAGAACUCCCGUCGAAGACAGAAUCGAACGCCGGCACAGAAGCAGGUCUCGGGAGUUGCUUGCCGAUAAUUACCCCAAUCAGGUGUACCUGCACCCCGGCACGGCGGGGGGCCGUGGGGGUAGCGACCGCGGCGACAGCGACUACGUCGUGCGCCACGACACCCACGGCGGCGGCCGCGUCUGGGACGACGAGGAACGACGCGCCGCGUCCCGCGCGGCGUCAGAGAUCUACGCGUCAACACGCUUCCCGAGACCGCAGUCCCAGAUGAGUCAGUACACGUACCGGUCAGGACGGCACGGCAGCGACGUUGUGUCUGUCAAGACGAAAACAACCGCUAACGGCAAGCUCGUCAUGGAGACCAUGACAGCCCCCCACCCCUGCUGUCCCAACACCAGGUCGUGCUGCUGUCUGAUGGUGCUGCUGAACCUGGGGUUGCUGCUCAUCACACUCGGCUUCGUUGUGGUGCUGCAGCUGUAUGACCCGCCGUUUGUGUGGUACGUGGGUCUGUCCAUGCUGAUCUUCGGCUUCCUGGUGUUGUUCGGGUCGCUGAUCUACUGCGUGUUUGUGUGCCGGGAGGUCGAGCGACUGCGGCCCCCGCCUGGCGAGCUCUACUGGACCAACCAUUGGUCCAAGACUGUACACGUGCCUGAGAUACAUUACAGUAAUAAUCAGAACCGCCCUGCAGACUACCGAGGCUCGGAGUUCUCCUACAAGACGGAGCCCUCCAGAGCCACGGCCGGCAACCGCACCAACAGCUCCGUCACGCGCUACUGAGACCCCAGCCAGUGUUGCCAUAUGGCGGCACGUCCCUCUGUUGCCAUAUGGCGUCACGUUCCCUAAGUUGCCAUAUGGCGGCACGUUCCCUCUGUUGUCAUAUGGUGGCACAUUCCCUCUGUUGUCAUAUGGUGGCACGUCCCUCUGUUGCCAUAUGGCGGCACGUCCCUCUGUUGCCAUAUGGCGGCACGUUCCCUAAGUUGCCAUAUGUCGACACGUUCCCUCUGUUGCCAUAUGGCGGUACGUGACACUGUUGCCAUAUGAUGGCACGUCCCUCUGUUGCUAUUUGGCGGCUCGUCCCCUCUGUUGCCAUAUGGCGGUCCAUCCCUCUGUAGCCAUACGCCAAACCUCUUGCCAGCUUGCAAGUUGUAAAGUUUGGCUUCACAAAAUGAUCUGAAACACGAUGAAAAAACUAUUCGAAUCGCGUUUAAAACUUGAUUCUACGUCGGGAUGUAAUGGUUUGAAGAAAAGCGUCACUAAAAUAUUGUUUGAAACAAAUAUUUGCGUCGCAGAAGGCGGAUCAACCAUGAUGUUUUGUGCUAGUAUAUUUUUUUAUUGGUUUCAUUGAGUAAGGAUGAUUAGAUUUAUAUUUUUAUUCAUGCGCUGUAUAUAUCGUGAAAUAAUAUCAGAAAACAUUGUCUGAAUUAGUGCAGUUGCAUAUCGUUUUCACGUUAUAAUCUGAAUCGUCUCAUUGAGUGUCAGUUGAACAUGUAUUGUUAGGAUAUUAUUGAAGCUAUUCAUUAAAACCUGAUUCAUUGUUAUGCAGUCAAUUUUAUACUUUAAAUUGACUCAUGUCAGUUGCUUUUAUUCCGAUUGAGUGAUUGCUCUCAUUUACCAAAAUAAACCAUAUGUUAAAAUAUUUUACUGAAAGAUGAGUCCGAGUUAAGCAAUUUAAUUUAAGUGUGCAAUUUUGUUCUUAACUUCUUUAUUUUAACAUGACUGCUAUCAAUGUUGCUAUAUUCUGCACUGCGGCAAUAUUGUAAUGCAAUCAUUAACCUUAUCUUAAAAUUUUUAACAUUACAAUAUCAAGCUUUGUGAUCAAUCCGUGCCAUAUUGUUUCCAGCAACUCUGUAUAAUAUACAAGAAGGUAUUAAAUAUUACUUUAACAUUGAAAUUAUAAGUGACAUUCUAAUGUGCUGAAUAAAAUUUGGCUUUGUAA